CAACCUCCGUUCCGUUCUAUUUGAUCCGAUUCGAUUCCCAGCCCUUAUAUCCAAUCCUCUCACCAAAACCAUGACCUUUCUUUCUUGACAAAACAUUUCUGUACCUUCAGCUAGCGCUUUAGAUUCCUCUGGAAUAUUAUAUCGGAAUCCAUGGCGUCAACAACUCUGAUCUCCAAUCCCGUAGCCACCUCCUCCGAUCAUCGUCCUUCUAGAAUACAACGCAAGAAGAAGAAGAAGCAGCAGCUCCAGGCAGCCAAACAGGACCACCACAACCACCUCCACUCCCACGUCACCAAAUGGAAAUCCGAAGCCCAGCAGCAUCUCUACUCCUCCAAAUUGCUCCAGGCCCUCAACAACGUCACCGUUGAGCCCUCCACCCAGUCAUCAUCCUCCACGUGUCCUCCUCCUCCUCCGCGCCGCGGCCGGGCUGUUCGGGAAGCCGCGGACCGGGUCCUGGCCGCGGCCGCCAAGGGGAGGACCCGCUGGAGCCGGGCCAUUCUCACCAACCGGCUCAAGAUCAAGUUCCGGCAGCACCGCAAGCAGCAGAGCGCGGCGGCGGCGGCGACCGGCGCCGGGAAGUUGAAGAAGCAGAAGUUUAGUGUUUUCCGGUUGAAGGGGAAGGGGUUACCGGCUGUGCAGAGGAAGGUGAGGGUGCUCGGCCGGUUGGUUCCCGGUUGCCGGAAGCAGCCGCUGCCGGUGAUUCUGGAAGAGGCGACUGAUUAUAUUGCGGCUUUGGAGAUGCAGGUCCGGGCUAUGAGCCGGCUCACGCAGCUGCUUUCUGUCUCCGGUUCGACUUCCGGCGCCGGCGGGUCAGGUUCUUCGCCGCCGUCGAGUUGAUUAGACAGACCAAUCGCAAGUCGCCAUGUGUCACUUCUUUUCUUUUCUCUCUCUCUCUUUCAGUGCAAGUAAUGCUCAUCAUCAUCAUCAUGAAUCAUGAAUGAUGAAUCAUGUCUCUGUUAAAUACCUGUGUCUAGCUUAAGGAAAAGCCUUUCUCUUUUUCUAUCAUCCAAGUUUGGAGAAAAAAGAAAAAAUAUUUAAUAGAAUAACUUUGAACUGCUGGAUUAGAAUUUUAGAUAGAUGGGAUUCUUCUUCGUCUUCUUCUUUCUUUGUGAUGUCGAAGUGUAUGGUUGGUUGAUCUUAUUGCCUCUUAAUCUUAGUUAGACACCAAUUUGGGUUUUGCAUAUUUGGUAUAGUUUCUUGUCAUCUAACUAUAUAUCAUGAUGAUGAGAGAAUAAGAUUCAUGUUGGGGACCAACCUUAUCAAUAGUUCAAUUUCUUUGGGUUUUACUACCAGUGUGCAUAUGUUCCAGGCAUGAAGUUUAGCAACAAGAUCUAUAUGGGUAGUUUUUGUUCCGAACAAGAUAGGGGAUGAGUGUCGAAUUUGUGUCACCGGUUCAGUUAUCUGAAACUUCAAUCGUCGACUGAUGUGCGUUAGCAAAGUACCAUUAGGAUUAAAACUACGAGAUU